CCGAAUGAGCUAACAAAGGACACUUGACGUAUUGUAUUUUGACGUAUUACAAAAUAGACGGUUUAUUUAUGGAAUAUUUUGUCAAAUCUUUGUAUUUCGUUGUGGCACGUCUGUUUACCGAGUGAUUACUUUAUUGGAUUUUAUGAAAAUUUGAUUUACUAAAUGAUUGUAUCAAUGCGUAAGUUCGUACGGGUUGGGUGAGGGACGCCAUGACAGUCGUGUCGUAUUUUCUGUUAACAGCGAGGACGUAGAGCCUUGUCAGUGUUUUCGUGAAAUUGUUGCGCAGUUUAGCGUCUACCUGGAUCAAAACUGGCACUCCCAUUUCCUAAGUUUCGCGGACUUUGGUUUGAAUAUAUUCUGAAGGUGGAGGGCGAGGGCGCGUGGCCAUUAUCAGGGAUUUGCUUGUGGGUACCCGUGACGAGGUGAGACGUCGAGAGGCGGCGAAAGGCGUCCCCCCCUGCAUCGGGACGCGUGUCUCCCUGUGUACAAGACGGCCUAGGGCCGACGGAGCGAGAUGCCAGAACCGCCGACGGCACCGUACACCACGAUGGGAAAUAAACUAUAUCAGAGACGUUUAGUUAACAUACUACAGUGAACCAAGAUGAAUAGUGAGCAGCAUGCAUUGCCAGCGACUACGCAGGCACAACAAGAGGAUGUAAAUGCGGGUCAAAGUGGUCGUCCUUCAUAUCCAGGUGGUUUGGCUACAGCAACUAGUCUUGGCAAUGUUGGGAGUACCCCACAUUCAUCCGCAGACCUGCGUGUAGGUACAGCAGUAGCGUUAGCCUCCUCGGUAGCUAAAUAUUGGGUCCUCACGAAUCUGUUUCCUGGACCGCUACCUCAGGUCUCAGUCUAUCAUCAUUCCCACCACAACUCCUCACACAGGAGUAGUGGAGGUGGAGAGGCAUCUUCCAAAGAGCCAGCCUCUUCAUUGAACCAAGAAAUGGCGUUAACUUCCAGCUCACACCAUCAGUCAACACCUACGCAUCAUCAUCAUCAACCUACAGUUAGCACUAGCAGUCAUCAUAGUUCUUUACAACCAAAUCCUCAGCAGAUUCCAGUAUCUCUGCCAGGCCUUAAUUUAGACGGAGCGCAUAUACCUACCAGUGUCAGUCAUUUACAGGCAGCACAUGCACAAAUGCAACAACAAAUACAGGCACAACAACAGCAGCAGCUGCAUCAGCAACAACAACAACAGCCGCAGCAGCAGCAACAACAACCUCAACAGCAACCUCAACAACAACAAUCUCAUCAUCAAAUGCAAAGUCAUCAAAAUGCUCAGAAUAAUGGACCAACUGCACAUAAUCAAAACGCACAGAGAGAUGAUAAUAAAGUGAAAGAUGAAGGUGGAAGUUGCACAACUGAACGUUGUAGUGAUAAUCAAGUCCACUGUCAAGUUCAGUGUGACCUUCAGUUACAAACAUCUCAAGAUAUACAACAAAGCCUUAUGCAACAACAACAGCAGCAGCAAAUUGGGGUGAAUAUAAGUGGAAAUUCUUCUACUGAAGGUGGUAACAAUACUGAAAAGCCAGAGAAAGAAAAGGAGCUGCGUCAACUAAACAUGACGCAAUUCCAAGUACCAGAUUUAAAACCAGGAGGUCAUAUGAUGGAUGUAAGAACAGCAGAUGGUUCUGUUGUAAAAAUUAGUGCUGGAAAUGAACAAGAUUUAGCAAAAACUCUUGGUGUUGAAAUGGUGCAAAAUAUGUAUAAGGUUAAUGUUGAAGAUAUUAAUCAGCUUCUAGCAUAUCACGAAGUAUUUGGAAAAUUACAGAGUGAAAUAGCAGCUGGUACCACCUUAGUUGGAAGUACAGUUCCUACACAAACAGUUACCACUAUACAGAAUGGAACACCAAUUGUGCAACAAGUUCAAUUAAAUAAGUUUGAUAUCAAAUCAAGUGACGGCGAAGCUACUCCAGGACCAAGUGCAUCACCUGUGUCGGUUGGGAGUCAUGCCUGUGAAAUAUGUGGAAAGAUUUUUCAGUUCCGUUAUCAACUUAUCGUACAUCGUCGUUAUCAUACGGAAAGAAAACCUUUCACUUGCCAGGUGUGUGGCAAAGCAUUUUUAAACGCGAAUGAUUUGACUCGUCACGGUAAAUGCCACUUAGGUGGAUCUAUGUUCACUUGUACAGUAUGUUUUCACGUGUUUGCAAAUGCGCCAUCGUUGGAACGUCAUAUGAAACGUCACGCAACUGAUAAACCAUAUAAUUGUACUGUAUGUGGAAAAAGCUUUGCAAGAAAAGAACAUUUGGAUAAUCACACACGUUGUCACACUGGAGAAACACCUUACAGAUGCCAAUACUGUUCAAAAACAUUUACUAGAAAAGAGCAUAUGGUAAAUCACGUUCGUAAACAUACGGGCGAAACUCCACAUCGAUGUGAUAUUUGCAAAAAGAGCUUUACUCGCAAGGAACACUUCAUGAAUCAUGUCAUGUGGCAUACGGGAGAAACUCCCCAUCAUUGCCAAGCCUGUGGCAAGAAGUACACACGUAAAGAACAUCUUGCAAACCAUAUGCGCUCACACACCAAUGAUACACCGUUUCGUUGUGAAAUAUGCGGUAAGUCGUUCACGAGAAAGGAGCAUUUUACGAACCACAUAAUGUGGCACACGGGUGAGACGCCGCACCGCUGCGAUUUCUGCUCGAAGACGUUUACUCGAAAGGAGCAUCUCCUGAACCACGUCCGCCAGCACACGGGUGAGUCUCCACACCGAUGCGGCUUCUGCUCCAAAUCGUUCACCAGAAAGGAACACCUUGUUAACCACAUCCGCCAACACACAGGGGAGACGCCCUUCCGCUGUCAGUACUGUCCAAAAGCAUUUACGCGAAAGGAUCACCUGGUGAACCACGUCAGGCAGCACACGGGUGAGUCACCGCACAAGUGCCAGUAUUGCACCAAAUCCUUCACGAGGAAGGAACAUUUGACAAAUCACGUGCGUCAACAUACAGGCGAAUCGCCACACCGAUGCCACUUCUGCUCCAAGUCAUUUACUCGUAAGGAGCAUUUAACGAAUCAUGUCCGUAUUCACACUGGCGAAUCACCGCAUAGGUGUGAAUUCUGUCAGAGGACAUUCACUAGGAAAGAACACCUUAACAAUCAUCUCCGUCAACAUACCGGAGAUUCCUCACAUUGUUGUAAUGUGUGUUCGAAACCAUUCACAAGAAAGGAACACCUUGUGAAUCAUAUGCGAUGUCAUACUGGCGAACGUCCAUUUGUAUGUACUGAAUGUGGCAAGAGUUUCCCGCUAAAGGGUAAUCUGUUGUUUCACAUGCGUUCGCAUAAUAAAGGAAGUAAUGCUGAAAGACCGUUUCGUUGCGACCUGUGUCCUAAAGACUUCAUGUGCAAGGGACAUUUGGUGUCACACAGACGAUCCCACUCGGACGAACGACCGCACAGUUGUCCAGAUUGUGGAAAAACUUUCGUGGAGAAGGGCAAUAUGUUGAGACAUUUAAGAAAACAUGCAGCAGAAGGACCACCGACGCAAGUCAGUACACCGUCAGCCAUUCCUCAAUCUGGUGUUUUGCCAAUCCCGACAGCAGCAGUUUUGGUUGGCCAUCCGCUGGCACCGCCGGCACCACCUGUAGUGCCGCAACACACGGUCGUUGUACCCACUCCACCUGGUGUAUUAACCUCUUACUAAACCAAAUCAAGGAAAACGAUGUGAAAGCAUUUGAUUAAAGGAAAGUGAUUGAUGAGAGUAGUAUAUAUGAUGAACGUUUGUAUUGUUGAUUAGAAAAGUGAGUCAUUGCGUUUUUUUUGUAAAAGGAAAAACUAACAGAUUCUGUGACCAUGAAAGUUGAUCAGAGUGUUGUUAUGCAUCGCACUAGUAUUUUUGUGAAUGUUGUAAGAACAGACAUUUUAUUGGGUUGAAAUGUUUGCCGCAAUAUUUGACAGCAGCUUCGAGCAAGGAAGUUUAUAUGUGAAUGCAAAUUGAAGAAUAACUGCUACUACAAAGGUAGCGUAUUAUCCAAAGUUUCAAUUACUUCGUUUUUUUCUUUUUCCCUUUUUCUUUUAAUAAUACUUUUAGUAGCUCAUUUACAAAAGGAAGAAUAUUCAUAGCUUUCACAAUUCACCUUAUCACGUAAACUCAGGAAUACGCGUUUCUACAAUGAGCACACAUCAAUUUGUAGUUAAUAUGAUUGCAAUUAGGCACUAAUCAUCGUAACAAUAUGCCACUGUUUUACUUUUGUAAUGUAGUUUCUUAUAAAUAAUUAAUGAGUCUGCUAAUAACAAGGAAACUAAAUUUAGACAAAAUUAUAAUUCACAUGCGGUACUAAAAAUGGAAUACAGGUUUUUCCUACAGUACAAAAUGUAUUUUUCAACAACAACGUACUUUAUUUUCUUCCACGUUUGUUACUCAAUAUCAAUUAACACGCGAAAAACUAUAAAUUUAUUAUUUACUUUCUUCAUCGUUUAAUCCUACUAAUUUUUGUGUUAAAAUUACAUUUUAUGCUACGACUUGCAUGAAAUUAGACGAUCUCAUUAGGUUUGGAGUGGUAUUGUACGAUUGGAUCACGUUUACUUAAAAGUUAAGUGAACACAACAAACACAUUUCGAAACAUUUUUAAAAGAUAUUUUACCAGUUUACUUGUUCGGUAUGCUGAGUUUCAAUAUAAACAAACAAAUUUUAUAUAUAGCGUACAUUAAAUAAAUGUAUGCUCCAUUAUUUACUCAAAAAAAUCUAUGCAAACGUAAUUAAAAAAGCUUUUAUAUAUCUAAUAAUACAUAAUUUUCAGAUUUCUUAGAUAUAUAUACUUUAAUUUAAUUGAUUGGCGCGUAGUUUAAAAAGAAAAAUGUUUAUUUUAGCUCUAACCAUUGUUUUCCAUGUAGACUUAAUUGCUGUAAUUGAGUGCAAUAUAAACUAUGCCGAUUUUGCUUAAGAGAUAUCUGCGACAAAUACCACAAUUAUUCUGUAUCUUGGACACGAAAAAAAAUGAGGUCGAGCGAUAGCAGUUCUGUGUGUUUACCCCUGUGCUUGAAUCAGAAAGAUGUUAUAUUGAUGAAUUAAGAUUUUUUAAAAAUUAAUUUUAAAUAAUUUACGAUACUUGUCUAUUCGAGGAGUAAAAUGUUACAACUCUAGCGAUCUUGUAAGGCUAUGUAUUUCGUAUUUACACUUAAGAUACAAUGAAAUUUGUAAGCUUGGUUCUGCGGCACAUAGUUGUGUCGUGCAAAGUUACCUAAAUGUAUCACGUAUUUAAAAGAGCACUCGAUAUUGAUAAAUACGGUCAAUUCCUACAAAAAGUUUGCAAUUACAUCUAACCAGUUUCCGCAUCACCAGGCUUACAUUAAUUGUGAUUAAUAUUAACAAUGAUUAUUGAAUAAACAUGCGGAAGAUCAUAAAAUUUAUUAAUGCGGGUGCAUACGCCGUAUGGAGUUUGUGUACGAUAAUGUUCGUAACUCCAUAGGAGUCUAGAUUAAUAUAUUAUAACAAAUAUUACUAAGUAUAUUUAAACAAUUAGGUAUCACGUACUAUUUAAAGUAACGAGGGGAAAAAUUAACUAUACUGCAGGGUCACUGCACGAGUGACGUAAAUGUAUGUUACAUACGAAAUGUAAGAUUUUCACUAUAUUCAUAAGAGAAAAACGCAUUAAGUUUGUGCAAAGAUACCAUCUAUAAAGGAAGAACAAAUAUAUAUGUAUAAUAUAUAUACUGCUCAGGCUUAUAUACAUUAUGUAUAUAUACUGUAAACGAAUACAAAGAUAAAAUUGAUGCCGCACCGAACACACUUGGAGCAAGUAAUAUUUCCAAUGGUAUGUGUAAAGAAUUCCUCCACAAUUUAAUCGUGGCAUCGCUCCUUGCAAUUUGCUAUAAAAUUUAAGAAGGAAUACAUAGGAAUAAUGUUUAUAUGAAUUAUUAAUAAUAGACGUUAUAAAAAUAAAAUUAAGAGUUGGUUCAUGCUUUUAAGAGACUUAGUUUUCUGCUUGUUUUGGAAGACAGCAAGCAAAUAUCAGAUCCAACUAUUCUCUUUGAAUUGAAGCGAUUUUGUGCUAUAUAGCGUAUAUAUUUUUUGAAUGGCACAGUCAGUACCCAGUUACUUUUAUGUGAACAAUUGUACCCUUCAUUUUAUGCAAAUUACGUGUAGUAAUCGCAUGUUUCUGGUGUUAUAGAAAUGUAAAGCAAACGCUUCGAUUCAAAGCGAAAUAUGGUGGUGAAGGAAAGAAUUCAGAAUAUGAUUUACUUUAGAUAGAACAAAAUAUGUAUAGAAUUUUAUUAUGCACCAUUGUAAUAUUAUGUAUCCCAGUUGUGACACAAUAUACACUGGUGUUAUGUUAAAUGUGAACACUAUGCGUCUUGUCUUAUAUGUAAUAAUUUCCCAUGUUUUAGUUAUAUCUUACAAAUAAAACUAUACAGUUUUUAGUAUAAA